GCAACAGCGGCCGCCACCGUGGGAGACACCCCUCCCUCAGCAGCAGCAGCAGCAGCCACCUGCUGCUCCAUUACAACCGGCGCAUCGGCGGCUGGCGCGGCAGUCCACCCCGGCGCAGCCACGGGCGGUUUCGGCGCAACGGACUAUGAGCUCAUAACGGACGGCCCUGGCACAGCCGGUGGUCCCGGCGCAGCCGCGGGUAGUGAGUUAAGAGAUGGAAUUAUAUGACCAUUCACACUCAUGUACAGUAGGUGGCGGUAUGCACCUUUAAAGUUGUUUGCAAUCCGUCAAAAACCGAAGAAGAAGAAGCUCUUUCUAACCUGGAUCCAUGAGGCAUCUAGUCGCUACGGUUCUAUCUCUCUGUGUGUUCCUGAGAAAGUGCGUGUGAGCUACAGCACUACUGAUCCAUCAUCUGUGUGUCGGGUCUGGAUACACCUCCGAAUGGACUCUCUGCUCUUUUUUCUGGAGCGUUUACCUCGGACUAUAGGAGCUAGCUUAGCAUGCUAGCUUGAAACGGCAACACUAGUCAGAUUGAGAGUUUAAUGGAGAGAGAAACGGUUUGUUUAACGGAGUUUGCAGGAAAAGGCGAUAUAGUAAACAUGAGUAGAGUCCAAAUGCUGCUGUCGUUGAAGAAGCAGCGACUCACUGCUGCUGCUGAAGAUAUAUUUGCUCUGUUUGAAAAAACGAUAGGAGAGCACGAGGAGGAGCUGUCUCGUUCAAAAGAGGAGAACGAGAGACUUCAGAAACUACUGGACGCUUUUUUACAGCCUCAGCUUCGGAUACACCAAGCAGACGUCCAGCUGCUGGUCGUGGUUAAAGAAGAGCUUCUCCCUGACCAGCAGGAGUGGAGCACCAGUCUGGACCAGGAGGACCCAGAGUCCCCCCCAUACAUUAAGCAAGAAAAGGAGGAACUCAGUAUCAGUCAGGAGGGAGAGCAGCUUCAAGAGCUGGAGGAGGCUGAUAUCACCAAGUCCACUUUCACUCCUGUGAAGAGUGAAAAUGAUAAAGAGAAACCUCAGUCCUCACAGCCUCGAGGACCAGAACCUACCAGGAACUCAGUCUUUGGUUGUAAACUGCUUUCUGGAUCUGAGGACGAGACUGGAGACUCUUCUGAACCUGACACUGGAGACUCUUCUGAACCUGACACUGAAGACAGUGCUGAUUGGAAGGAGACCAGAGAACCUGCGUCAGACUCAACCUCACUGAAAAAUAAAGAAUCUGUCAGUGAUUCAAGCCGUAGUGCUGUAAGGAAACAAUUUGGCUGCUCUGUGUGUACAAAAUCUUUUACAUAUAGAAGCAAUUUUCAGCGACACAUAAGAAUCCACACUGGAGAGAAACCCUUUAGCUGCUCAGUUUGUACCAAAUCUUUUGCAUUGAGUGAAACUUUAAAAAGACACAUGAGAAUCCACACAGGAGAGAAACCCUUUAGCUGCUCAAUUUGUACCAAAUCUUUUGCAUUGAGUGUAAGUUUUAAGGAACACAUGAGAGUCCACACAGGAGAGAAACCAUUCAGCUGCUCAAUCUGUAACAAAUAUUUUGCAAUGAAAAGAAAUGUAAAUCGACACAUGAGAAUCCACACAGGAGAGAAACCCUUUAGCUGCUCAGUCUGUAAGAAAGCUUUUUCACAGAGUGGAAGUUUAAAAGACCACUUGAGAGUCCACACAGGAGAGGAAACCUUUAGCUGCUUAGUCUGUAAGAAACCUUUUUCACAGAGUGGACAUUUAAAGGAACACAUGAGAAUCCACACAGGAGAGAAACCACAUAGCUGCUCAGUCUGUAAGAAAGCUUUUUCACAGAAUAGAAAUUUAAAUACACACAUGAGAGUCCACACAGGAGAGAAACCAUACAGCUGCUCAGUCUGUAAGAAAGCUUUUUCACAGAAUAGAAACUUAAAGGAACACAUGAGAAUCCACACAGGAGUGAAACCACACAGCUGCUCAGUCUGUAAGAAAGCUUUUUCACAGAGUAGAGGUUUAAAAAAACACAUGAGAGUCCACACAGGAGAGGAAAUAUACAGCUGCAACGUUUGUGACAAAAUAUUUAAAUGGCUUAGUGAUUUCAAAAGACACAAGUGUGUUGGUCGUCAGUCCUCACAGCUUAAUGAAAUUGAAACUGAGGAUAACAGAGAGGCAGAGCCUCCAAUCAGCAGCUCAGCUGAACACAUGGAAACAGAAGCUGAUCGAGGACAAUGAAUACGUCUUAUGACCGUUUACACAUGAGAAAAUUCUGUCUGACUGGAUUAACAUUGUUACACAAUUUUCCAACACAGUCUCACUCCCUGAUAGUGCAACAGCGACGCUUGGUCAGGGUCCUUUGGCGUGCAGUUGUGACGCACCGAGUCUCCUUCAGCUUCAUAAACGGAUGCAAAGAGCUUUCAACUGAUUGCAAUGUAUUCCCAUCGGCGGCGGUAUUUGACGCUCAGGGAAGCACCGCAUCGGUCCAUGUCGGCGGCAGUUAAAGGCAAUGUGAGUGUCCAUUUACGUUGGAUCGAGGAGAAUUUUACUCCCGGAAAUAAGUAUUCUCCAUACUGUCGAUUGAUUUUACAGUGAUAUCUUCACUACUCAUCAACUCAAAAACACCAGAUUAUCCUUGUUAAUUACACAACAUUGAUUGGUUUAAAUUGUGUACAAUGGUUGUGUUUUUCCCCUUCGACUCUGAGAAACAAAUGGUUGUUUAGGAUGGCCGAAGACACUACACUACCCAUAAUCCUCAGCUAUCGUUUGAGACUACACCAUGCGCUUUGUUCAAACCCCGUGAUUAGUCCUCAAGCUCUGUGAUUGGUUGACCUCCGACUGUAUUCCAUAUGAAAAAUCAUACUUUAUUCAGCUAGUGCUUACUUUACUCUUUGAAAGUCAUCACAAAUGCAUUGUAUUAAAUGG